AUGGUGAUGGUUUUGGGGUUUAAUAUGGAAGAUUAUGGAAGAGUUAUCACGACUCAAUCCAACAUUUUUCGUCGAAGUUGUAUGUACAUAUGUGUUUUCUUUCGCAUUAUUGAAGGUGUAACAACUGAAGAAGAGUUCUUUACACAAAGUUCGGAUGCCACUGGAAGGAUGGGUGCAUCUGCACUGCAAAAAUGCACAACGACUAUCAGAAUGUUGGCAUAUGGUUCAUCCUCCGACCUUUUUGAUUUGUACUUGGAAAUUGCUUCAAGUACUGCCAGAGAAUGCCUUCUUCAUUUUUUCGAAAUGGUUGUAACUAAAUUUGGACUUCAAUACCUAAUGAAGGCAAAUCCAAAUGAUAUUGAGCAUCUCCUACAUGAAGGCGAGCGUCGUUGCAUCCCGAGUAUGAUGGAGAGCAUGAGUGCGUACACUGGGGCUAGAGAAAUUGUCCUCUGGGCUGAAAAGGAAUGUAACAAGGACGAAGCAAAAUUGCAACAAUAA